AUGGAUCUUUUCAUAGGAGCAAAGACGAUCCGCCUGGUUAGCCACGGUGACAAAUACCUGGUGGCUGAGGAGGACCGCAGGACCGUGAGCCUCGGGAGGGACCCAUCAGCCGAGAACGCUAUCUGGGCGGUGGAGUUGGCGGGCGACAGGGACUGCAUCUGCCUUCGGAGCUGCUACGGCACAUACCUGACGGCGUCGGGCAAGCCCUUCCUCCCGGGGGUGACCGCGAAGAGCGUUGUCCAGGCGCGGGGGCAGCAGUCGUGGGAGGCGUACCGUGAUGGGAUGCAGGUGAGGCUGCGGUCCGUGUGGGGAAACUUCCUGCGGCCAAACGGGGGGCUCCCUCCUUGGAGGAACGCUAUCACCCACGACUUACCCCACAGAGGCACGACGCGCAACAAGAUGCUGUGGGACGUGGACGUGGUCGAGAGAUGCCCGGCCACGAGGAAGCAGCUCUCCUUCUGCAGGUCGAGCUCCGCGCACAAGCAGAAUGAGCUCAGGAGUGUGCUGCUGCUGGAUGACCAGGUGAGCCACAGCUUUUUUGGCAUGGCGUGCUGCUACUAUCCAAGGGCGCAUCUUAGGCUGUCCAGCUGA